CAUCCCAGGGCAGCAGAGGGGUGGCGGCUUUCCCGGAUUCCAGCCGCUGCCCCCGCCCUCAUUUUCUUGGCUGGUCUCCUGGGUCACGUCCCAAGGCGAGGACUGACAGAACGGUUCAUAACAAGAGGACAGGGGAACGGUGCGCUAGAGGCGGGGGCAGCCCAGGUCUCGCAGGGGCAUCCCUGGGGAGAGGCUCCCUGCGUCACGUGGGACCCGCCCUGCGACUGCCCGGGCGUGGAGUGUUGCAAGCUCCGGGCAGCCGUCGUGGAGCUGAAUUUCCGCGGUUGUGAAAGGAGGUGGCAGCGGCGACGUCCCUGCUUCUCCGCGUGGGAUCCGGGGUUCCGCGAUGGCCGGCCCGUGCGGGGCCCGUGGUACGCUGUCGCCACACUCGCUGCUCUUCGACCUGCCGCCCGCGCUGCUGGGCGAGCUGUGCACGAUCCUGGACAGCUGCGAUGGUCCGCUGGGCUGGCGGGGCCUGGCGGAGCGACUUUCAAACAGUUGGCUGGAUGUUCGUCAUAUUGAAAAAUAUGUACACCAAGGUAAAAGUGGAACAAGAGAAUUGCUGUGGUCCUGGGCGCAGAAAAACAAGACCAUCGGCGACCUUUUACAGGUUCUCCACGAGAUGGGGCAUCAACGAGCUAUCCAUCUAAUCAUGAACUAUGGAGUAAACUGGACUCCUCCAGUGCAGACUCAUCACGAGCUUCGAUUUCCCAACGUACCACCUAACGUGAAGCCUGUGUGCAGAGAAAGUGACCCCGGACCUCUGGAGCUAGCCAAUGUCACAGUGGAUAAUGUUCUUGUUCCUGAACAUAACGAAAGAGGAGUACUGCGUAAAACCCCUAUCAGCUUCCAAAGUAUCCUAGAAGGAACCAAAUAUUUCCACAAAGACUUCCUAAUUGGAGAAGGGGAGAUAUUUGAAGUAUACAGAGUGGAGAUUAGAAACAAAACAUACGCCGUUAAAUUAUUUAAACAGGAGAAAACAAUGCAGCUUAAGAAGCACUGGAAGAGAUUUUUAUCAGAACUGGAAGUUUUACUCCUGUUCAGUCACCCCCACAUACUAGAGCUGGCUGCAUAUUUCACAGAGAUGGAGAAACUUUGUCUGGUUUAUCCCUAUAUGAGCAAUGGGACACUUUUCGACAGAUUACAGUGCACAAAUGGCACAACCCCACUUUCCUGGCACGUUCGAAUCGGUGUAUUGAUAGGAAUAGCCAAAGCCAUUCAGUGCUUGCACAACACCCGGCCGUGCGCCGUCAUCUGUGGCAACAUUUCCAGUGCAAACAUACUCUUGGAUGACCAGUUCCAACCCAAACUAACCGAUUUUGCCGCGGCGCACUUCCGACCCCACCUAGAGCAGCAGAGUUCUACCAUAAAUAUGACCGGCAGCGGCAGGAAGCAUCUGUGGUACAUGCCGGAAGAAUACAUCAGACAGGGAAGACUCACCGUUAAAACGGACGUCUACAGCUUUGGAAUCGUGAUCAUGGAGGUUCUAACGGGCUGCAAAGUGGUGCUGGAUGAUCCGAAACACGUUCAGCUGAGGGACCUCCUCAUGGAACUGAUGGAGAAGAGAGGCCUAGACUCCUGCCUCUCGUUCUUAGACAGGAAGAUACCUCCCUGUCCUCGGAACUUCUCUGCCAAGCUCUUCUCUCUGGCGGGCCAGUGUGUGGCAACGCGGGCCAAGUUAAGACCCACGAUGGAUGAAGUCCUGAACACUCUGGAGAGCACACAGCCUAGCUUGUAUUUUGCAGAAGACCCUCCCACUUCCUUGAAGUCCUUCAGGUGUCCUUCUCCUCUGUUCUUGGAUAAUGUUCCAAGUAUUCCAGUAGAAGAUGAUGAAAACCAGAAUAACUAUCCAGUACCUCCCAAGGAAGCUUUGAGGACAGAUAGAGUGACACAGAAAACCCCCUUUGAAUGUAGCCAGUCUGAGGUCACCUUUCUGGGCUUGGAUCGAAACAAAGGGAACAGGGGAAGUGAAGCUGCUUGCAACAUGCCCAGUUCUUCUUGUGAGGAAUGCUGGUCCCCAGAGCUUGUGGAAGCAUCCCAGGACUUAAGGCCUACUGUGAUCAGUUUGGGCUCUUCUUGGGAAGUACCAGGCUAUUCUUAUGGGAGCAAGCCACUGGAGAAGAGGUGUUCCUCUGGACUCUUUUGCAGUGAGCACGAACAGUCCAAAAGGCAGUGAAUUCACCAGAAGAUAAAGCACAUGUCGCUAAAGGCACCUGAGCAAACAGCGUUACAUCACCGUGGAAAGACAGGGGGUCUGAGCUCUGUGAGUAAGGCCAAGGAACCAACAGAUGGAGAAUUUGAAUAGUGCAGAUUAGCAGCAAGGACGUUUGUUUCUUCUCCAAACAGAAUGUCAAGAGAUGUUUUAUUCGGGUGACGUCUCUCAGUCAAACCCAAGCUAAAUUGGAGCCGAUCUGAGUUAUCCAAGAUUCUGGGUUCUGACUGUCGAAACCUAUCAAAGAGUGGCAGGAACUUUAAGUCGCUCUGUCAUCAUCUGAGUGAGACCUUUGUGUAGAUGAUCAGAGAACCACCCACAUUCCAGAACCAGGUUCUCCUCAAGCCCUCUCCAAGUAAGCAGCCAGUUGUUCACCGAGAGCCAAAUGUGAUACAGUGCCAUUCUUCCUCUGCGCAUGCGCCAUGCCCUUUAUAAAACCGAGGCCUUCAGCCCCACCCUCUUUCUGUUCCAUCUUCGCUCAAAGGCAGCCUUUGGGCCUAUUGGGAGGCCACCCCAAUAAAUCUCCCACAUGAGGUCUAUUGCAUGGUGUGAUUUAGCAUCACUUGGUCCUCAGAUCGUUUCCGCAAAAGCUAAUGAAUAAACACCAACAAAAACUCACCGUCGUUGCCACCAGCACCCAGUCAGUCUUUCUACUAGGGAUUGGACGGUCUAUUGGCUUCCCAUAGUCACAGGAAACGUUGCUCACAUGGAAAGGUGUAGGAAAUGUCUAAUUUGUAAGUGGUGACAGGAGCCUUUUGAAAGAAUUGUGAUUUUAAGUUGCUUCUCUUUUGUUGAUCGCUGGUUAACCCGUCAGUCUGGAAGUGAGCCAAGUCACCCUUGCUACGGCAUGUUCUGUAUGGAGAGGGAAUUCCAGUCCAAAGUCUGCAUUUCUGUACUUACAUUCUUAGAAGAGUUACCCGCGUUAUGCCAAUUGUUAUAAAAACAAUAUU